CGCUGACUAACAGGCGACAUCAUCAGCUAUGUCAAAUCAUCGUCGUCAUACCUCCUCACUCCUCACCCGAGCUAUGAGCUUCCGUAAGAUGCACGCCACGCCUACAUAUAUGCCACAGCCCUUCGACUAGUCUGCCCAGCCGCCAUGCAAGCCCGCCAUGGACGCGCAGCAGCAGUUUCUCCGCCUUGGUUUAGACGAAGCCCUGGACAUACAUGAUGAUCAUCUUGAGCACGACGAGGAGCUGCCUGACUAUGAGGCCUCAACAGCUCCAGCGUACGACGAUGACGACCACAACGGACCAUAUCGGACAUUCCACCUGAGACGAUACGAUCGAAAAAUCCAAAUGCUGGUGUCGUACGGGCCAUCUGCGAAUUCAGCAUACCGAAUCACGACAAAUACCUUCCGACUCUUCUCGAGGAAGCCGGAGAUGGAGGUGUUGUAUACGGGCGAUGGCCGCAUGCGAACACUGGCAGCCAUCUCUUUCGACGACAAUGGACCUUUGCCUUGGCGGCCGCGCGCUCACUUCGAUCACAUAGAUCCCAGUGGUCUCACUGCGAGAUUCGACAUGGACUCGCGCAACUUCGCCGAUUGGACAGUUACUGUCGACAACAAAGCAUACGAAUGGCGACUUGGGAUGUGGCCCAUCUCGCUGGAGCUGAGCGAGAGGAACUCGAAUCUAGUGAUUGCGCGGUUCACGUACUCAGAUCGUGGAACAUUGGCUGUACGAGGAGGCGAAGUCGGCGAUCUGGUUAUCUAUCGCGAUGGCUUGACAAUGCAGAGAGAUGGAAUUGGGAAGGUCGUGUGCAGUCUGAUGGUAGCGUUGACACAGCUGCAAAAGCUUGGGCGACACUACUCCAAUAACGACGCAACGAGAUCACGGACAAACUCGUUGGUGCAGGAGCAUCGGUCAGGGCACCGUGGAUCGUCUGCAGGAUUCACUGUCAACUAAGACAGCAAUGAUGUUCAUUUGACGUACCUGAGCGGUUGACUGAAGCAGCGCGUUCUUGUGCUUAGGUGACGCAGGUGUGCCAGGCUGAGGUUUCGUUGAGACACCAACAGUCAAGCAUUGUCAGCAACAAUGAGUCUCAGGUUGAGUCUGAGGG